AGGGGCUUUGGUGAGAGCGCUUUCUCCGGCUUUCUUCUUUUCUGCUCUUGGACAUACUAGCAGGCUGGAGUUUCCUUGAUGUGUGCAGUGCAAUGGAUGUGAGGUUUUAUCCAGCACAGGCGGCUGCAGCUCCAGACACCCCCUGUUUGGGACCAUCCCCCUGUUUGGACCCCUACUAUUGUAAUAAGGCUCCCUCACACCAUACAACUGGUACCCGAAAAGCUACUUCAUCCGUCAGUCACACUCUAACAUCAUCACACACAAUGCAGGACCAGCAGUACUGUAUUGUAAAUGAGGGCACUGAGGGCCCACCCACAACCCACAGCAUAAGCGAGAAAAGGAGAGUGCUGACUGAGAGGGGAGUGAGGGAUAAGUUUGACGGUGAUAACAUGUACAUGAGUAUGUCAGAGCCAAACCAGGACUACGUGCCAGCAAGCCAGUCUUACCCUGGACAUAGCCUAGAGAAUGAAGAUUUUAACAUUCCACCUAUUACACCACCAUCACUGCCAGAGCAUUCACUGGUGUCAUUGUCAGAGGCAGAGUCAGGAUACCAUUCGAUGUGUCAUCCCAUGAACCAGAAUGGCCUACUUCAAUUUCACCCUCAAAAUAUGGAUCUGCCAGCAAUUACAGUAUCAAAUAUGCUGGGUCAGGAUGGGUCUCUAAUUUCAAACUCCCUUUCAGUGUUGCUUGAAAAGACGCCAUCUUCAAUGUUAUGGAACAAUCCUUUUUACAGACUAAAGAUGCAGGAUUUGCAGAAUUCAGACAGAAAUCAGUAUUCUCACUCACAAAUGGCAAAUAUGAGGCCAAGAGUUCAGACUCAAGACAUGCGACAAACGGCUAUGAUGCCUCCUGGUCAGCUGACUACCAUCAACCAAUCACAACUUAGUGCUCAGCUUGGUUUAAAUAUUGGAGGAAACAGCGUUGCACAUAAUUCUCCUUCCCCACCAGGGAGUAAAUCUGCCACACCUUCGCCAUCUAGCUCAGUCCAUGAAGAUGAAGUGGAUGAUACAACAAAGAUCAGUGCAGCAGAAAAGCGGCCAGCCCCUGACAUGGGAAAGAAGCCAAAAACACCUAAAAAGAAAAAGAAGAAGGACCCAAACGAGCCACAGAAGCCAGUGUCUGCCUAUGCAUUAUUCUUUCGAGAUACACAAGCAGCUAUAAAAGGCCAAAAUCCAAAUGCUACUUUCGGGGAGGUAUCCAAAAUUGUAGCCUCAAUGUGGGAUGGACUCGGAGAGGAACAGAAACAGGUGUAUAAGAAGAAAACUGAAUCUGCCAAAAAAGAGUAUCUGAAGCAGUUGGCUGCAUAUAGAGCAAGUCUUGUAUCCAAGAGCUACAACGAUCCUAUUGAUAAUAAGACAUCACAGCCAUCUCAGAUGAUGAAUUCAAAGCCUCCCGUGUUCCAUGGACCCGGACAGGCACACUCUACACUGUAUCUCAGUUCCCCUUAUCACCAACAGUCAACAAUGAACCCACAUUUAUCCAACAUGCAUCCUGGAAUCAACAGGAAUAUAGCUCCCAAACCCAACAACCAAAUGCCAGUGACUGUUUCUCUAGCAAGCAUGGCUGUUUCUCCCCCUCCAUCUCAUCAGAUGAGUCCACCUCUCCACCAGCAUAUGCACAUGCAGCAACACCAGUCAAUGUCAAUGCAGCAGUCAAUUAAUAACCAGCUACAGAUGCAGAGUCAGUCAGCUUUGCAUUCACCAGCAAUGCAGCAGGGAUUUAAUCUUCAGUCAGAAUACCAGAAUCUUAUCAACCCAACAUCUACAGCGGCCCAGGUUGUUACUCAAGCAAUGGAGUACGUCCGCUCAGGAUGCCGAAAUCCUCCAGGACAGGCCAUAGAAUGGAACAAUGACUACUGCAGUAGUGGGAACAUGCAAAGAGACAAGGCACUGUACCUAACUUGAAAACACAAGCCAAGAAAAUGAAUUUCUUUCAGAGGAAGAAUGCAGGGACGACCUUUGUCAAGGAUUGCAUUUCGUGACCAAGGCAGAUCUGCAGUUUAUUAGAAAAAUUCAAGUUGCUAAGCACUUAGGACAUUUUGCAUUUGUGGACCAUCCACUCUGGGAAAAAUAGUCUUGCUUCUCUUUUGAAACUUCUUUAUGUAACAUUACUUUCCCUUUACUGAAAGACGAUUACUAAAGAAAUCUGGACUCUUCAAAUAUAUCGGUUUUGCUGUGAAGUGCUGAACUAGUAAGCUGCCUUAGCAACUGUCAUCUCGACUAAAAACUCAUGGAGAUCACAAUGAUUUUCACAAAGGUCAUUUAUAAAAAAUCUACAAAAGACUUUCUUAAAGGCUUGAUGUAGCACUCAUAGCAAGGAUGUACAUAGCAUGAGUGUCCCUUCUCCUAGAGUAUAAAAUGUGGAUGUUAUUGUUGCUAAAUUACUAAAUUUCAAAAUCGUACAUUCCAGGUGGUAAAUUUUGGGAAAAAAUAUGGUUAGAAUUGGCAGACAUUCAUAUUUUUGCUUCUUUUUUUAUUGCUUAAUAUGUCUAUAUUUUCAAAAAUAUCUCAGAGGAAAAAUUCCUUCCCAAUAAAUAAAAAAAUUGGCAAACUCUACAGUGGGCUCUACUGAAAGCAAACACAUUUAUUUUGUACCACAUUAAAAUGGCUUUUUGUAUCACUUAUUGUGUAUUUGUUAGUAAAUGUUAUUAUGUCCCUAUAUGUAUAAAGACUGCCAAAUGCUUACAUGUUAUUUUACUAGAUGCAGAAACAGAUUGGGAACCGCUAAAUUAUAACCUUGAUAUCUGGCGAUGUGUUAUUGUUUCUCCAUACUGUGUCUGUAUUUAAUCUUUUUAUUUUAUUUUGUUUUUGUUUUUUUAAUUUUUUUUAUUAUUAAUGGAGCCUGUUGCGCCUAUUUAUGAAAUAAUAAAUCUAGGUGUUUGUAAGUAAUUUUCUUAGCUUUUUAAAUAUGUUUCUUUGAUGUUUUCACUUUUUUGCUGGAAAAGAAAUAUAUUGUUUCACAAUCCAUGUGAAUACAUUUCCUUUCUACUGUGACAUGAAAUAAAACCAAAUUUGCGUUUUUAAACUACUAUAAAUAAAAGCGGUCAACAACUUUCUUUUUAUUAUUUUUUCAUAUUUGCUUGAGCUGUAAUUUAAGUCUGAUGAGUAAAAUAUAUGCUAUAAUUGACAACAAUAUAGGAACUCUUUAUAUUUAUACAGUACAGUAAAAUCAUAAAAGACCCACGAGUAAACAGCAUUGGAAAGAUAUAAUUCUGCCUCUAGUUUUUAAUCAGGUUUUGGCUAUGCAAUUUGGCAACAGGGUUGUGAUAAAUUGUUCUUAUAAGCUCCUAUGAUCACAUCAGAUCUAGUGAAAGGACUAUGAGGCAGGGAAAAUGCCCUACUUGUGCUGUAUUUAACAUGAAUAUGAAAGGUCUUUUGACAAAUGGGAGAAUUCCCCUAGGCCACAUAUCAGUCAGAUUGUCUUUUUAAGUGAAAGCCAAAUAGAGGAGAAGCACAAACCAAAUCUUUCAAAAUAAAUCCUAGGCCUUUAAAAUGCUCACAGAUAAUUGUAUUAUAGAAGGAAUAAAGUCAUAGGCAUUUAGCAUGGGUUCACACUAUUACAUGCGGAACAUCACAUGUGAAUCGCACAUCACCUGCCAUAUACACAUCACAUGCAUUGUCUGUUUGGUGUUCACACCCAUGCAAUGCAAUUCUGUCAAUCCCACCGUGUUUUGUGAUCUGUUUUGGGGUGUCGUUACUCUAACAUUGACACGAGCAGCAGAUCGCAUGGACGCAGUGCAAUUUGAUGUAGGGAAACAGUGAAUCUUGUGCCUUUCCCACAGCGCAUCAGUGUGAACCAGGGCUUAAACAAGAUAUUCCUCUUUCAGAUUACUAUGGGCUUUUUUUUGUCCCCUGUUACAAGCUUUGCUGUAUGUAUUAACUUUAUUUUGUAGUUGUGUUUGCUGUUUUAUAACUGUAUGUUUAUAUUCAGGCAAAGCAGUUGUUUUCCUUGCCUUUAAUUCCAUUGUAUAAAGAGAACGGUUCUAUAUUGCAGUCUUGGUGUCUUGGCUACAAAAAUGAACAAUCUCUCACUAUCUAUGGACAGAAAUAUUUAAAAAGGACAUAAAUAAUAAUCACCUAUUUCUGUACACGUUGCUUACUGGUGUUGGUUAGAUUUUCAGUCAAUUUUCUCAUACCAGCUAUAUCAGAGCUAUAAAUGUUUGAAGAUCUGAACACUUUAAUAACAUAAGCAUAUUCAUCAGUAGUAUAAUUAAAAGGAAAAGCUGCACACUGAUGAUGUCUUCUCAGGCAAAAUGUAAUUUAGCUAACAAGCUUCAGAACUUGGUCCUACCCCCAGGGCCACUCCUCUGACAGGUUUCAUCCAAUGGGCUUAAUCAUAGAGGAAUGAUGGACUCCAAGCCAGCACCUGAUUCCAGGAUACGAGGGGAGUGCUUGGAGUGUUGGAGCACUGCACUUUUCUUUGAUUCUAAAUUCUAAAGUGUGUGUGUUUAAUUUAAGUCAUUUUUAAAAUGCACUGUCUAACCUUUUAAAAGUAAAGUCACCUACAUUUUUGUGUAAUUAAAGUGCCCCUGUUCUACUGUACAGUCCCUGGAGGGGUGGUCUAACAAACAUAUUCUCCAUCCCCUCCACACAUAAUUGUUAUAUGAUCUACUAAAGAUGAAUUCCUUGCAUGGGUGUAUAUUUCCCAACCUUGGCUACAUCGAUAAGCAUGAAGAGUUAUCACAAGCUGUAAUGACCUUCAGGUUAUAUUUUGCUCUUUACUCUCUCUACUUUGUAUCCCUCCUUUUCCUUCAAACUGACCAAGUGUAAUUGUAUGCAUAUGAUUUACACUAUCACCUGUUGUUUUACAAAUCAAAAACUCAAUAAAACUUUUGUGAAAUAAA